CAUAAGGAUCAACAAUGCUGCAGACAUCUCUGUUAUUGUUCUCUACUUUUUGAUAGUUCUGGCAGUGGGACUAUGGGCUAUGUACUCCACCAACCGAGGCACAGUGGGUGGAUUUUUCCUGGCUGGACGGAGCAUGGUGUGGUGGCCGAUUGGUGCAUCUCUGUUUGCCAGCAACAUUGGCAGUGGGCACUUUGUGGGAAUAGCAGGAACAGCAGCAGCAGGAGGAAUUGCCAUUGGAGGAUAUGAGUGGAAUGCUCUGAUAUUUGUGGUGAUUCUGGGAUGGAUCUUUGUACCCAUCUACAUCAAGGCUGGGGUGGUGACAAUGCCAGAGUACCUGAGGAAACGUUUCGGUGGGAAACGGAUCCAGGUCUACCUGUCAGUGCUGUCCCUCAUCAUUUAUGUUUUCACAAAGAUCUCAGCUGACAUCUUCUCUGGAGCUGUAUUUAUCCAGCUGGCCAUAGGGCUGAAUCUUUAUUUGGCCAUAAUCAUCCUGCUUGCUAUUACUGCUCUUUACACCAUCACAGGUGGCCUUGCAGCUGUGAUUUACACAGACACCCUACAAACAUUCAUCAUGGUGUUGGGAUCCUUUAUUCUCAUGGGAUUUGCAUUUGCUGAGGUGGGAGGCUACGAGGCUUUCAUGCAGAAGUACAUGGCAGCCAUUCCCUCCAACGUGUCCUACGGGGGCACCGAGGUGGAUCCCGCCUGCUACACGCCCCGCAGCGACGCCUUCCACAUCUUCAGGGACCCCAUCAGUGGGGACCUGCCCUGGCCAGGGCUCAUCUUUGGCCUCAGCAUCCUUGCCAUGUGGUACUGGUGCACUGACCAGGUUAUUGUGCAAAGAUGUCUCUCUGGCAAGAACAUGUCCCAUGUGAAGGCUGGCUGCAUCGUGUGUGGGUACCUCAAACUCUUGCCCAUGUUCAUCAUAGUGAUGCCUGGAAUGAUCAGCCGGAUUUUGUACACAGAUGUGGUGGCUUGUGUGGUGCCUGAAGUCUGCCAGCGCUACUGUGGCACCUCAGUGGGCUGUACAAACAUUGCUUACCCAAAACUGGUAGUGGAGCUUAUGCCAAAUGGUCUGCGGGGUCUGAUGCUGUCGGUCAUGCUGGCCUCCCUCAUGAGCUCCCUGACAUCCAUUUUUAACAGCGCCAGUACUUUGUUCACCAUGGACAUUUACACCAAAAUCCGGACGCGGCCAUCUGAGAAGGAGCUGAUGCUGGCGGGCAGGGCAUUUAUGUUACUCUUAAUUGGCAUCAGCAUUGCCUGGGUUCCUGUGGUGCAGUCAGCUCAGAGUGGGCAGCUCUUUGAUUAUAUUCAGUCUAUUACCAGCUACCUGGGCCCUCCCAUUGCUGCUGUUUUCCUCCUUGGUAUCUUCUGCAAGCGUGUCAAUGAGCAGGGUGCCUUCUGGGGCCUGAUCAUUGGGCUGCUGGCUGGACUUGGCAGGAUGAUUUCAGAGUUUGCCUAUGGAACUGGCAGCUGUGUGGCCCCUUCCAACUGCCCCUUCAUCAUCUGUGGCAUUCACUACCUUUACUUUGCACUGAUCCUCUUUGGGGUUUCUGCCAUCGUCAUCCUGGCAGUCUCCUUCAUGACCAAGCCCAUUCCUGAUGUACAUCUCUACCGCCUGUGCUGGGCCUUGAGGCACAGCAAGGAAGAACGGAUUGAUCUUGAUGCAGAUGAGGAGCAGGACAGAGCUGAUGAAAAAGAUGAUGAAUCAGGUAACUUUAAUGAGGAAAACCAGGAGGACCCAGGAUGCUGUAGGAAAGCUUACAACUGGUUCUGUGGCUUGGACCAACAGAAGGCCCCCAAACUGAGCAAGGAGGAAGAAGAGGCACUGAAGAAGAAACUCACAGACACCAGUGAAGUGCCACUGUGGAGAAACAUUGUGAACAUCAAUGGCAUCAUCCUCUUGACUGUGGCUGUGUUUUGCCAUGCCUACUUUGCAUAACCCCUGAUCACAGUCCUGAAAUUGUACUGCAUUGUUCAAGCAAAAAUGAUGGUUUGUAGAUUUAUACAAUUAGAUACACAUUGUAUUUGCAUCAUCUACAUCUGUAAAACAUCAGAGUGAUUUACUCACUGAUUUUGUGAUCAUAAUUUCAACAAUUUAAAGAUGAAGGCCACUGGGAUUUCAAGAGAGAAUUUCUAUUUAGGCAUUGAACCAAUCCAGGGCUGAGGUUCAGAAUUUCCAUCCAAUAUUCUCUCUGCUCAUGAUACAUUUCAUAUUUUAGGUUCAGAACAAGGCUGC